CGCGUGCGCGCCCGGCCGCGGUUCUGAGCUACCGAGCGGCUGAGAGGACAGAGAGGGAGGGGCAGGAGCUACCGACCGCAGGAGGAGGAGAAGGGGUUGUGCUCCUGGCCGAGCAAGGAGAAAGGGGCGGGGCUGGAGAGCAGCGCGCCGGGGUGCCGAGCUCCUGGGACCGGCGGGCGCGUGGGGGUCUGUGGCCCUUGCCGUCCCAGGGGCCGCCGCCGUCGCUUGGCUGCCGUCGGUCUGCGGGAGGCGGGUUAUGGCGGCGGCGGCAGUGGGAGCUGUGAAUGAGUUCUCCGGGUGGACGAGGGAAGAAGAAAGGCUCCGGCGGCCCCAGCAGCCCGGUGCCUCCCAGGCCUCCGCCCCACUGCCUGGCCCCCUCCCGCCCCGCCCCAAGGCCGGCCCCUUCGCCCCAAUCGCCGCAUAAGCGAAACCUGUACUACUUCUCCUACCCGCUGUUCGUAGGCUUCGCGCUGCUGCGUUUGGUCGCCUUCCACCUGGGGCUCCUCUUCGUGUGGCUCUGCCAGCGCUUCUCCCGCGCCCUCAUGGCCGCCAAGAGGAGCUCCGGGGCCGCGCCGGCGCCGGCCUCGGCCUCGCCCCCGGCGCCAGUGCCAGGCGGGGAGGCCGAGCGCGUCCGAGCCUUCCACAAGCAGGCCUUCGAGUAUAUCUCCGUUGCUUUGCGCAUCGAUGAGGACGAGAAAGUAGGACAAAAGGAGCAAGCUGUGGAAUGGUAUAAGAAAGGUAUUGAAGAACUAGAAAAAGGAAUAGCUGUCGUAGUUACAGGACAAGGUGAACAGUGUGAAAGAGCUAGACGCCUUCAAGCUAAAAUGAUGACUAAUUUGGUUAUGGCCAAGGACCGUUUACAACUAUUAGAGAAGCUGCAGCCAGUUUUGCAGUUUUCCAAGUCACAAACGGACGUCUAUAAUGACAGUACUAACUUGACAUGCCGCAAUGGACAUCUCCAGUCAGAAAGUGGAGCUGUUCCGAAAAGAAAAGAUCCCUUAACACACACUAGUAAUUCACUGCCUCGUUCAAAAACAGUUAUGAAAACUGGAUCCACAGGUCUUUCAGGCCACCACAGAGCACCUAGCUGCAGUGGUUUAUCCAUGGUUUCUGGAGUGAGACAGGGACCUGGUCCUGCAACUGCCACUCAUAAGAGUACACCAAAAACAAAUAGAACAAAUAAACCUUCUACCCCUACAACUGCUGCUCGUAAAAAGAAAGACUUGAAGAACUUUAGGAAUGUGGACAGCAACCUUGCUAACCUUAUAAUGAACGAAAUUGUGGACAAUGGAACAGCUGUUAAAUUUGAUGAUAUAGCUGGUCAAGAGUUGGCAAAACAAGCAUUGCAAGAAAUUGUUAUUCUUCCUUCUCUGAGGCCUGAGUUGUUCACAGGGCUUAGAGCUCCUGCCAGAGGACUGUUACUCUUUGGUCCACCUGGAAAUGGGAAAACAAUGCUGGCUAAAGCAGUAGCUGCAGAAUCUAGUGCAACCUUCUUUAAUAUAAGUGCUGCAAGUUUAACUUCAAAAUACGUGGGAGAAGGAGAGAAAUUGGUGAGAGCUCUUUUUGCUGUGGCUCGAGAACUUCAACCUUCUAUAAUUUUUAUAGAUGAAGUUGAUAGCCUUUUGUGUGAAAGAAGAGAAGGAGAACACGAUGCUAGUAGACGUCUAAAAACUGAAUUUCUAAUAGAAUUUGAUGGUGUACAAUCUGCUGGAGAUGACAGAGUGCUUGUAAUGGGUGCAACUAACAGGCCACAAGAGCUUGAUGAGGCUGUUCUCAGGCGUUUCACCAAACGGGUAUAUGUGUCUUUGCCAAAUGAGGAGACACGACUACUUUUAUUAAAAAAUCUAUUAUGUAAACAAGGAAGCCCAUUGACCCAAAAAGAACUAGCACAACUUGCUAGAAUGACCGAUGGAUACUCAGGAAGUGAUCUAACGGCUUUGGCAAAAGAUGCAGCACUGGGUCCUAUCCGAGAACUGAAACCAGAACAAGUGAAGAAUAUGUCUGCCAGUGAGAUGAGAAAUAUUCGAUUAUCUGACUUCACCGAAUCCUUAAAAAAGAUAAAACGCAGCGUGAGUCCUCAAACCUUAGAAGCAUACAUACGUUGGAACAAGGAUUUUGGAGAUACUACUGUUUAAACCUGCAGAACGUUUUACUUUCCAAGAGAGAAACCUACCAUCUUCUAUGAAUAGUUAUCUGCUACAGAAACUCAGCCUAAGUUUACAGGACUUUUCAGAGUCUUACAAUUAUUUGUGCACCCCAGAAGAUGAACCGUAAAAUAAAUUUAAAUAAAGUAUACAAUGCAAAUGGAAUAUUUUGUUUAAGGCCUUCUUGCCUUGAUGGUCACAGAUAUCCCGAUGGGCACUGUAAGUUAGAGCAGAACAAAAACUGAUUCUGGUCUUCUUUACCAAUAUAAUCAUAAUGUAAAUAAUAAUUUGUAUAUUAUGUUGCAGAUGAAAGUAUUCCAGAGACAGUGAAUGGUAGAAGACACAAGAGCCUUUGGUUGUUUGUCUUCUGACAUCUUUUCUUAAAAUAGUAAUUUUUUCUAUUUUCCUUUCCUACUGUUGUCUUUACUACACUAUGGGUGAUUGGAAUGCCAAACACUCUGUUUCUUUUUUUUUUUCUUUUUACAAAUUGUGUGCCAAAUGAAACUUUUUCCUAUGUAACAGUAGUAGGAAAAAAGUAUUUUGAAGGUUUUUUUCUUCUUCAUAAAUCUACAGACAUUAAACAAUGUAUCCUUUUCACUUUUUAUUUUUCUAUUACCUUUCUACCAAACAAUUUAGAAAGUAAUAUGAUAGCAACAAAACAAAUCUAGUGAAAUGGAGAAGGAGAAAUUUUGACGUUUUCAGACACUCUGUCAUACAACAUGUAGAUCAGUCCUCCUGUGACCUGAUGUAUUUUUUUUUCUAAUAUAUUUGUCAGAAAUCUAUUGUAGACUGUUAACUUAUUCCUAAUGGAAUUUAUUUUCUGUUAGAAUUCUAAUAUUUAAGAAAGCCAAUUUUAACUGCUGUAAAAGUGGUUUCUGUGCAAGAGAAGGGAAGUACUAGGAGCUAAGACAUUUCUAAUUUAUUGCUUAUUACUUUCUUACUGUUUAUAGGAUAAUUACAAGCCAGUGGAUUUACCAUGUUUUAUUCUUAAUAAUUAUUAAUCCCUCCAGUGAAACUUAAAAAAAAAUUACUGAAUUUUUAUACAUUGCAUACAUUUUAUAGGUUUCUUGUGCUCACUUUGUUAACUAAAAAGUUUUAGUCUGUUAAGCUGCCUUUUGUUCCCCAAAAAUGUACAGUAAUUCUGUUUCUUGUUUGUAUAAGUAUGCCUGGGUUUUUAUUAUAAAAACCUCAUUGUAGGAAGUAGAGACUCAUAUCAUGGCCUUUUAAAUAUUGUAAUAAAGGCAAAUAGAUAUUUGCCCUUAGUUUACUGGUUAAAAGUUUGUUUAUAGAAAUUUUCUUUGGUGCUUUUAUGUAAAAUGUCAUGGGUGGAAAUAAUAAUUUUAUAGUAGUAACAAAUAUUUUUCAUUUAGGAAAAAUACCUUUGGUUUAGAGAGAAUAUAUUAAAGUUAAAAACUUGCCCCCACUAGAUAAGAAUUUUAUAAUGAAGACAUACAUUCUUCUUCACUUUACUCUUUCUCAUCUUAAAGAUUUAUCUAAAUAUAGAAGAUGAUUUCUUAAGAUCAUGUGCUAUCUGUAACCAUAACUUAAAUCAUGUUUCUUCUAACCAUAGAACUCCCUGGAUAAUAAAAAUGAGGGUUGAGAUAAAUAGAAAAAAAAUUUUUUAAGCCAGAACCAUACAUAUUUUUAGGUCAUGAGUAGUAUCUUUCUAAGGUCUCAAACACUAAACCAUCCAAUAUAAAAUAUUGAUAAUGACAGAUGAUGAAAUAUACACGAUGACAAGAAUUAGGAACAUCCCAAAUUAAAACAUUUUCAAUAAAGCUCAUAAAAUUUCAUUUUUUCUUUUCAUUUAGAAAAAGAUUAACAUUAUUGAUACUUGGAUAACUGGUCAAUCGUAUUAAAAGUCUGUGUGCUUUAAACUCAACUUUUAAAAUAUAAACUCCUUUAAAAUUAUCAUAAAAUUAUCUGCAAUAAUUGAAUGUAGCUCACUUUUUAUUGGGAAAGGUUUUAGGUAACAAAGACUUCAAAUGUUAUAUAAAAGUCAAAUUAAUAUUGUUAUAAACAUUGAUUCAGAAUUAUAUUACUGUAUGAAUAUCCAUCCGUGUAUGGAAGUUACUUUAAUUUCCUGAUGAGGUCUAAAAUUGAGCUUAGUGCUACAGAACUAUUUUCUUUGACUUAACUAUGACCAAGUUUUAUUUUAAGCUGUGUUUCUCUCAUGGAAGGGCCAUAAACAUAGAAUAAUUAUAUAGUAGGAUGUGUAAGGGAUUGGUUUGGUCUUUUUCAAUAAAGAUAGAAGUUGCUGAGGUUUCCCGAAUUAGUAUUAGGCUUAGAUUGUGACCUUGUAGAUUUUGCACUGAGCUCUGUGUCAUGUUAUUUCGUAAAAGGUAAUGUUUAAACAUUAAACGUUAGUGUGUUGUUCAUGUAAAUAUGGCAGAGUUUCGUAAACUAAAUUAAAACUUACUGAUGUACUGGACUUUGAGCCAAGGGAAAGAAUCAAUACUGUCUUUCCAGAUAUCUUAAGGGUAAAAGCUUAUUCUAAGACAGUCUGCCAAUUGAGGUUAUUAGAUUUCCGACUUGCAUAUAUACUUUGUGCUUGGGAAGAAUUGGAGGAAAAUCAGAUACUAGAAUUCUAAUUUAAUUAAAUAUACAGCAGUCUUUGUGUAUAGUGUAAAAUUCAUUAUAUUUUGUACAAAAACUAAUUCUUUUGGUAGAAUGAACCAUUUACAGUUUGUUUUUGGACUCUGAGUCAGAGGGUUUUUCCUUUAAAUGCCUGUCUCAGUUUUACUCUGGUCUUUUGUACCUUUCUUCAGAAGAAAUGAAUUAAAAGGUUCAGCUGCAUAAGUGGGUUUUUAUCCUAAUGGAUUGGAAAUAAAUUAUAAACUUUA